AUGGAAACCAACAGGACUUUAAGGCCUUUACCAAUCAAUUGUGGGUCAAAGGUCGGUGAAUCACUAGUGAAUAGCAUUGAUGGCAGGCCUGAUGCAUGCCUUGGUGGGAGUACUUCGGCAGAGGGUAUAAAUUCAGCUAUGAUUGUUGAGGAUGUAUCUACUAAAACACAAGCACGAGUUGUUAAGGUCCUCGCUGAUUUGACUAGGUUCGAUAGAGAAGAAGUUACUGAGUCAGUGACCGAGCAAAGCAGGUUGCAGGAACUGAUUAUUGAGAAUGACCUUCUCAAGCAUUUGUUUGAAGCCAAAAUGGAAUACCCAAGUCGAAAUAAGUCUCAAAUUAGGUUUAGUGGCAGUAGUGAUGGCAAAGGUAGUUCCAGUGCCGCUGGAAAUGGAGGCAAUGGACAAGCCAGGCCCAGUUGGAGAGAGAAAUUAGUUGCAAGGGAUGUGCCGAGGGUGAAUUCACAAGGAGCAGCGUUUGACCAAGUUGAGGUUAGGGACUGUGUUCAGGGUGAACUAGUCAGAAAUGAGGAUGCUGGAUACAAAGGGGUACAAAGUCCGGCACAAAAUCAUCAUCUUAGUUUAGAUGGACAAAGUGAACAGUGGCAAAUAGUGAAGAGCAAAGGGAAGGAGAAAGUGAUAGAAGAGCAACCUUUAAGACCGGAGUGGAAUGCUUGUGACCCGUUUGUUUAUGAGGUAUGUGUGGAGGGUGUGGUGCUCUGGUUACGUCAAUGGUGCAAUGGUUCAUCCUCUAUUUUUGCUGCUUGUUUCGUGUUGUCACAUGCUACGGGUUUCGUGCUGUGUGGGUGCUGCUUGUUUGUUGCUGGUGGUUGUUCUGCUUGCUGGGGAUGUCUUGUGUUUUGUAUCACUAUGGGGGCAAGCUUACAGGGCCAGUGUGUUGCUGGUUUUUGUCUUGCCCUGCUGCUGCUUGGGCUUGCUGGAGCCUGGUCUUCCUGA